AUGACGAUACGGACCAAUUUGAUUCGCACGCCAUGCAGUCUGGUGUUCAAACGGAAAGUGGAGGACUUCUACUCGCUCUCCCUCGUGAGGACGCAGAAGAGCAUGGACAACUGCAAGGAAGACCUUCUGGCGCAGAUUGCGCAGUGCGGAGGCAAGCCAGUACGGACCGAGUAUCCUCUUGCAGGAGGAGCAAGCAAGCCUAGUAAAUCUCAAUCUCUCCCAGCUACUAACCCGUCACCUUACAACGCCAUGGCUCGCGCCAUUCUCUCUGUUGCCCUCGCAAUCUUCCUCGCUGCAAUCCUGGCGCUGUCUUUCGCUCAAGCAACGAGCGCCGAGGCGGCAGGCGUCGUCACAGCAGAGAACGCGGCGAGUACCGCCCUGCUCAACGAAGUGCCGCGCGAGGCGCAGCGCCAUCGCAAGCUCAUUCCAUCAUUCGCCGAUGGUAGUUCUGCCUCAUGCCAGUCGGAGCUCAAUAAAAGAACGCAAAUCUGCAACGCCCAGCGCAAUCCGGACGCCGCCAGGAGAUGCCUUGAAUAUCUGGCGCUUCUGCGCCAGACCUGCCUUAGCCUGAUGGCAUCAUCGCCCUAA